GUUUUAAAAGUCGCAUUGCCUGUAGAUUCAAGGCAUAACUAACAUAAUACUGAGCCAAAACAGUAUUUUUACAGCAGCUCAUCAGUUCAGUUUGUUAGUUUUUAAAUUAUUAAACCACUCUAUAGGGUUAUUUUCGUAUCAGUGCAAGGUAUUGAGUGUUUCGUUUUUGUAGUGAUAUACACUCGCAUAAUUGUCGCUUUCGAAUAUAUCAGACUCUUGCUGUAUAAGCUUUAACUUCUAAAUAUCAUUCUGGUGCAGUAGGAUUCGGCAUGGCUUCAACACAUUGUUCAUUCGACGGAAGCGAAACUAUCUCGGCCAUGCAAACAUAUAGAAAGGCGGAGGAAGUUUUACGCAUGUUACUCGCGAAGUUAUUAGUACUUCACUCUCAAACAAUGAAAAUUUGCCUUACCGCUGCGGCUCUUCUAUUAGUACUUACUGCUCAUAAUGUAUCUGCAAGAUUCUUCUAUUUGCCAAGCUAUUUUUAUCAUUAUACCUCUUCUGUUGAUAAUAAAUCACCUUUCAGUCCAGCACAAGAAAUAUCCUCAUCUUCUACUUUAUUCAUAGCUAAUGGUAUAAGCAAUGUUGAAAUUGAAAAUUGUGGUAUCGAAUCCGACAGACUGCAUAUCAGAGAUAUCAAGAUUAGUCCCGAAAUUGUUGUUCCAGGUGGCGAGUUGACAAUUGAAGCUACUGGUACUUUGAAAGAGGACGUCGGACCCGGAGCUGAAGCAAUUGUCGAUGUCAAAUUAGGCAGAAUCAAAUUACUGCAUAGAAAAUUUGAUAUCUGUGAUGAGUUAAAAAAAAAUGAGGAUAAAGUCGAACUUCAAUGCCCUAUUCAAGAGGGUGAUCUCACGGUCACACAAAAGAUCACAUUGCCAAAAGAAAUUCCUAGGGCUAAAUUUUUGGUAGAUGUCCUUGCCUAUACUUCGAAUGAUGAUGACUUGGCUUGUCUCCGUAUUGCUGUAGAUUUCCGCGUACGACGGAGACAUCUUAGCAGUCAAUUCUGGGAAAGUGAAGAACCUAUUGAGUUUGGUGGUGAAGACGAGGACUAA